AGAGGACUCCCUCCAGACCCCUUUCCCAGCAGCCAGAGGGGAGAGGCGCUGCCCCCUCGCCCGGCCACCUGCCCCCCCCCAGCCUCUGAAUUCCUCCCCCCGGCUCGCCUUUUGUUGCUGCGAGGUGGUGACAUCACCCCGCCUCGCUCCUCCUCGCCGAUCUGAUCCGUCUCAGGUUUCCCACCGCGCCUUCUCUCCUCCGGCUGACGGUGUCUGUGAAUCUAGACGGGGAGAGAGCGAGAGCGAGAGCGCGCGCGCGAGGGAACCAGCAGCAUGACCAGAUCCCCGGGGAUCCCGAGGGCACAGCGGACCCCGUAAGGCUCCGGCGGCGGGGAAAGCGCGCCUCCAUCCCCGAGCCCGCCUCGCUGCGCCUUCUCCUCGGUCCCCCUCGACGUACUCCGGGCGAUUCUCCGAGAGCCGUAUGCAUGACACUCCGGAAAGGCGAGCGGACCACCAUCAGCAUCCAAGAGCACAUGGCCAUUGACGUCUGCCCCGGACCUAUCCGACCCAUCAAGCAGAUCUCGGAUUACUUCCCCCGCUUCCCCCGAGGGCUCCCGGCCACCGUCAGCCGCAGCAACAGCCUGCGCUCCUCGACGGCGCCCUCCGCGGCCGGGCAGCAGGCGGUCAGCCCCUCGGAGACCACGGCGCCCCGGGAGGACGACGAAGAUGUGGACCAGCUCUUCGGCGCCUACGGGACCGAGGCGCCGCCCGAGCAGCCGGCCAAGCGGCGAGCUGAGCCGGAGGAGGAGGCGGCGGAGGCGGUGGACCCCGAGGGCUACGAGUCGGACGACUGCACUGCCCUGGGGACAUUAGAUUUCAGCUUGCUGUAUGAUCAAGAGAACAACGCUCUCCACUGCACUAUCAACAGAGCCAAGGGUCUGAAGCCCAUGGAUCACAACGGACUCUCGGACCCAUACGUGAAACUACACCUGCUUCCUGGCGCCAGCAAGGCGAAUAAGCUGCGGACCAAAACCUUGAGGAACACCUUGAAUCCGACUUGGAACGAAACCCUGACGUACUAUGGGAUCACCGACGAGGACAUGAUCCGCAAAACACUCAGAAUUUCUGUUUGCGAUGAGGACAAAUUCCGCCACAACGAGUUCAUCGGAGAAACGAGGAUCCCUUUGAAGAAACUAAAGCCCAACCAGACCAAGAAGUUCUACAUCUGCCUGGAGAAGCAACUGCCGAUAGACAAAACAGAAGACAAGUCCUUGGAGGAGCGUGGCCGGAUCCUUAUUUCCCUCAAAUACAGCUCCCAAAAGCAAGGCCUGCUGGUGGGCAUCAUCCGCUGCGCCCAUUUGGCUGCCAUGGAUGCCAACGGAUACUCAGACCCCUACGUGAAAACGUACUUGAAACCGGACGAAGACAAGAAAUCUAAACACAAGACGGCGGUGAAGAAGAAAACACUCAAUCCUGAAUUCAAUGAGGAAUUUUGCUACGAGAUUAAGCACGGUGACUUGGCGAAGAAGACCUUAGAGGUGACGGUGUGGGACUAUGACAUUGGCAAAUCAAACGACUUUAUUGGUGGCGUGGUGCUUGGGAUCAAUGCCAAAGGGGAGCGCCUGAAGCACUGGUUUGACUGCUUAAAAAACAAGGAUAAGAAGAUUGAGCACUGGCACACGCUCACAAACGAGUUGCCGGGGGCUCUCCUCAGCGAUUGACCUCACAGACACACCCCAGAUACCUGGGAAGAGCAUAGCACACAACCCUGGCCAAGGAACAACGGCUGCCUUCGGAUUUCCUGUUUACUUCAUGCCACGGGAGGGAUCCCAUCUUGGCAAGGAUUGAGAGGGGGCGGGCCUUGCUUGGAAGGUCCCAGCUAUGGCCAAUUUGCAGGGAACUAUUUGACACUGCUACACGCCCCCCCCUUAAAAAACCACAAAAAACAACCCACAACAACUUGUUAUUUCCUGUUGUUUGCAAGCUUCAGUCCUACAGAUUUCUCUGGGAUGCCUUGAAUUUACUCUUGCAGCAAGUUGGUUUUCUCUGUGUGUGUGUGCGUGUGUGUUUGGGGGUGGGGUGGGUUGGUCCAGAGGGCUGCAUGCAUUAGAUCUGUGACUUCUUUGAUAUUCUGGAUUCAGUCCUUGCUGCCUUGUGAACACAGUGGCAACAUGAAUGCACAAAUAUAUAGUAAUAUAGAUACAUAGAUACAUGGGUAAGGGGUUUUCGCUCUUCCUCUUUUCAUUUGGUUUUUUUGUAAUAUGUAACUGAUGCAAAGUGUUUUGUUGAAUCUCCGAAUUAAGAGAUACUCGGUGACAUCUCUA